AUAAAAAAAAAGGGGACAGCAUCUCUUAUCCAAUCUCUCUUAACAUUUGCCUUCUUUUAAAACUGAAACAAAACUCUGUUUUUGUCUCUGUCCCUUUCUAUCUGCUAUGGCUACUUUCUCUGCAACUCUACUAAAAAGCUCCUUUCCUUGCUUCUCUCUAUUGCCACAAACUUUAAGAAGAAACCAUCUUCAUAUUCCAUCCAUUAGAGCUGUAAAAUCCACUGAGCCAGAAAAAGAAAAGGCUACCAAAACUGAAGAACCCUCCACUAAUGCACAACCUUCAACUUCAACCGCUGCUCCUAAGUCCAAGAAACCCAUUUAUUCAAUGAAGAAAGGACAGAUUGUGAGAGUGGAUAAAGAGAAGUACCUCAAUAGCGUAAAUUAUCUAUCUGUUGGGCAUCCACCUUAUUACAAGGGCUUGGACUACAUUUAUGAAGACCGUGGUGAGGUCUUGGAUUUACGGAUAUUUGAGACUGGAGAGUAUGCUCUUGUUUCAUGGGUUGGAGUCCCCACUGCUCCGGCUUGGCUUCCAACAGACAUGCUUAUCAAGUCCGAGAAGCUGAAUUACGAGAGAUUGUGAGACCUAGGCUACUGAAGCAGAAUCCCAUCUUCUUUUAAGAUGCAUGGAAAUGGAUUCCUGCGGAUCACUAUACCUUGCUCACCACCAUCAAAAACUUCUAUUGUAUGUUUCCAAAUCAAGGCCAUUAGUUUAACUAGCUUACAUCAUUCAUUUGAUAAUAAAUAUUGCAAUGGUUUAUUUAUUCUAA